AUGCCCUUGAGACUUCAGCGCCUUGUCGCCGUGUCGACGGGGCGAGGCGUGUUUGCCGGACGUCGCAGCGGUGCCUUUUCGUACUCCGUGCCCAGGCGAGGGCUGCAUCUCUCUGUCCCCAGGCUGAGCGUAGACUCCGGCACCUUCUUUGCUGAAAACGCCUUUGAAGAGGAGCUGCUGCAGCAACAGUUGGCCUCUGCGGCCGCCCCCGCGGAUCGCGGCGGGUUUGGCGCUGAGGCGACGCAUCUGCCAUCGACAAACGAGGCGGAAAGGGUGGGCGUCAGCGCGCAGGAAAGGUGUGGAGUGGCAGCUGCCUCCAUUCUGCGCGAGGCAGUACCGUUGACGAGUUCCGAGGACAUCAAGGACCUUUUAAAGGGAUGCAAAAACGCAAAGGAGGUGCGGCACGUGCUGGACACUGUUCUCUACUGCAACCCACUUUGCCAUGAUGUGUUGAAUGGCCACGGCUACCGCGUGGCCGUUUUGCAGGCGUUGACUGCCGUGGCGCCUCGCACGCAAUGCAUGCAUGAGUGGUUUGAGUGCGUCGAUAAGUUCCGCCGGCUGGGAUUCGUACUGACGCGCACCUUCGCCGCCGAGGGAUUCACUGUGAUUCGCGAGUGGCUCUCGCGCCACUUCAACUACGAGGGCCGCUCACCGCUGCUUGUGACGGAGGGCAUUUCCCACAUCCGCGAGCUUGUGCAGUUUUGCAGGGAGGAUCGUCUGGUUUUUGACCACGUUCUGUACACUCGCAUAGUGUUUCUCCUCACCAUGAUUGCGGGCUUCUUUGACCGGCAAAACAUCUAUCGCUCGACCUUCCCGGAAAACUUCACCAAACGCGACGGGGUGGUGGUGGAGUGGGUGGUCAGCUGUGAGCGAUGCAUUGAUUUUGAUGAGUGUGUCCUGCAGUGCGACGCGGUGCUGGAGGAGGUGCUAGAGAUGCUCCGCGAUGAUAUCCCCUCGCGCCCCAACUUCAGUGUGAUGUAUCGACUGAUGGACUACUACUUUGCGACGGACAAUGUGGAGAAGAUGAUUGCCGUCAUGGAGGACGCCGAGAGCUACGGGAUUGGCAUCGCCGAGAGCAGCACCGCGAAGCUCAUGCAGCUUGCCUGCGCACUGAACUACCCGACGGUUCCGGAGCUUUUCAUGCGCUGGAGGGUGUCGCUGCCACAGUGCGUCUUGGCAACCCCCGACAUGAGUCGGUUGAUGUUCUACUACGCGCGUUCCGGAGGCGGGCACCCCUGUCCCUUGUGUGGCGAGCCCUACAAUCACCGUAACGUCAACGUCUAUGUGUGGCAACAGACACCGGAGCACCAGCGCAACUGCCAGGCGUUGCUGGACGCGCGGCGGCGCAAAGGCGAGUUGGACGAGAACGUCUCCCUCCCACAGAACCGGAAUUGGAGCGAGAUGGCGUUUGGCCUGUGGAAUUUGUCGCAGAGCCGCGCCAUCGAGUGGGGGGUGGUGGAAUGGCGCAGCUUCCUCCUUUGCUGCAUGUUCUCUCCCCGCGCUCUGGAGGCCAAGGGGCUCCUUGACAAGUUUUGCGACCACGCCAAGAUGGACGACUUUCUGCGGGCCACGUACGUGCGCCUGCUGCGCCACCAUGCGCCCGAGUUGGUGCCGCCGACGCUUUCGGAGUGGCACGGCAGGGGGCACCGUCUCUCCCCAAUUGUGCUGCAGGAGUCCCUCAUGGGGUCUGCGAUGAUAGCCGACGCGACGGAGCGCCAGCGGGCCCUCGCACACGUCUGGAAGGCGUUGCUGGAGAAGGACAGCUACGUCAUGCCGUUUACGAAGCGCCUGCUGCAGCGACGGCUAGAGGAGUUGCAGGCGCAACGAACGGGCGGCAUCACAGGCAAAGAGGCGGCACUCUUUGCUGAGAUGAUUGGGAUGCAGCCGCGACACCUCUCGCUGCUGGAUAUGAAGGACAGCACCUCCGAUUUCGUGGUGGGGACCACCAAGAAAAAUGCCUACACGCCUCACACGAGCGGCGCAGCAGUUGGAGGUGGGCCGGCACGGCAACGACGGCGCGUAUGA